AUGACUUAUCUUGUGUCUUUAUUUCUUUUAGGGCUGGUUUUAGGGCUUGUAGCUGUUGCAUCUAAUCCUGCACCUUAUUUUGCUGCUUUAGGUUUAGUUGUAGCAGCGGGUGUGGGUUGUGGUGUUUUGGUGGGUCAUGGGGGGUCUUUCUUGUCUUUGGUACUGUUUUUGAUUUACUUGGGGGGAAUACUUGUGGUAUUUGCUUAUUCAGCGGCUUUGGCUGCUGAGCCUUUUCCAGAGUCUUGAGGGGAUCGUUCGGUUUUAGGGUAUGUGAUGGUAUAUACGGUUGGGGUGGUGUUGGUGGCAGGCUUAUUUUGGGGUGGGUGGUAUGAAACUUCUUGAGUGGCGGUGGAUGAGUUUAAGGAGUUUUCUGUUUUGCGUGGGGAUACGAGUGGGGUGGGAUUGAUGUAUUCCUAUGGAGGGGGGAUGCUAAUCGUCUGUGCGUGGGUACUUCUAUUAACGCUUUUUGUGGUAUUGGAACUAACACGUGGGUUAGGUCGAGGGGCGCUUCGAGCAGUUUAG